AUGAUGUUAUCUUCCGCGUCAGCUGUGAGUGAACUCAAAACUGCGCAAAAGCUUUCUAAACUUGGUGCUGGCACUGAUAGUACUCCGGAAAAACGACUUAGUCCACCACCUAGUAACGUCGUUGAACCCCUUAUUAAGAAGAAUAAUGGUUCAGCUGCUGUUACUAGUACUAUCAAAAUGACUGCGUCUUUUAUUGGAAUGCAAUCACCAUCACUCGGCAAUACAGUCGACGGUGAUCUCAAGCAUAAUCAGCAGCCUUCUUCACCUGAUACCGAUAAAAAAUCAGUGAGUUUUCCAGCAAAUAUUGUUACUAAAGAUUCUGCAGAUGAGAAUAAUCGUCAAGUUACAGACAACAAUAUUACGAAUGGAUCGCCGAAUUCUCCGACAACCAGUAAUAAUUCUCAAGAUACGCAUAGAUCCAUAACACGAAGUUACACUGAGCCUCCGAAAAAAAGGCCAAGUAGUUUAUCUGCAAUACCAAUGCAAGAGCCAGCAAUACAGCUUUCUCCUCAACGUUCUGCUACUACUGCUGGUAAAGGCAAAAAAGUCUUAUCCUCGGGUAUCGCGUCUGAUAUUGAUGAUCAAGCUGAAGAUAUUAAAAGACGUAAAAUGCGACGACGUAAUACUUAUAGCGCAGAUUUGACGCAUUCUCGUGAAUUAGAUGAUGCGGCACAAAAGUCUCCUGAAGCUUUAAGGAAGAGACGUUUGACAAAAAAGAGACAAAAGGAUAAUAAGGAUAAUGAAGAUGAAGAACCUGUUAUAGGCACUCGAAUAGGGGAAGAUCAUGUGAAUUAUGUGCUUAUGUAUAAUAUGUUAACGGGAAUUCGAGUUGGUGUGUCUCGAUGUAGCGCAAAAUUUCCUCGAGAACUGACCGAUGCAGAUUUUAAAGCUGCUCAUAAGUUAGCCUUUGAUAUUACCGGUAAUGAGCUUACCCCCUCCGCCAAAUAUGAUUUUAAAUUCAAGGAUUACGCACCUUGGGUUUUUCGUCAUUUACGUGAUCAAUUUUACAUCGAUCCCGCUGAUUACUUGGUUUCCUUAACUAGUAAAUACAUUUUGUCUGAGUUAAACUCACCUGGCAAAAGUGGAAGCUUCUUCUACUUUUCCAGGGAUUAUCGUUUCAUUAUCAAAACUAUACAUCAUACAGAACACAAAUUCUUGCGUAAAAUUCUGAAAGAAUAUUAUAUGCAUAUUAAAGAAAACCCUAAUACGCUCUUGUCCCGAUUUUAUGGGCUGCACAGAGUGAAGUUGCCUCGUGGCAGCAAAAUUCACUUUGUGGUUAUGAAUAAUCUCUUCCCUCCGCAUAGAGAUAUCCACGAGAUUUAUGAUUUGAAGGGUUCUACAGUUGGUCGUGAAUACACCAAAGCAGAUGAGCAGUCGAAAGGUGCUGUUCUCAAAGAUCUUAACUGGACUAAGAGAAAUCGUCGUUUGGAAUUAGGUCCCAUAAAAAGAAAGCUGUUUGUUGAGCAACUUGAAAAAGAUGUCGAGCUGCUUAAACGAAUGAAUAUUAUGGAUUAUAGUCUUCUAGUUGGUUUGCAUGAUAUGUCACGUGGUAAUAAAGAUAAUAUUCGAGAGGGUAUCUUGACCGUCUUCGAGCCCGACACCAAAAAAUUGGAGCGUGCUCCUUCCCACCAUAAAAGGGAAAGCAAAGUUUCGGCUUUACGGAAAGCAGUUGUGUCAACUGACCCGCUUAAUUUAUCAUCUACAAAACUAAUACUUGACGCUUUUACCGACCGGCAGCGGCAGCGUCAUUGUGUAUUUUAUACAGAUGAUGGUGGAUUCGCUGCAACCGACGAGUCUAAUUAUAGGACAAAUUACAUAUACUACUUGGGUGUAAUUGACAUUUUGACGCCCUAUAAUACUGCCAAGAAGGUUGAACAUGCCUGGAAAUCGUUAAGCCAUGAUAAGCAUAACAUAUCAGCUGUUAAUCCCAUAUUCUACGGUGAACGUUUUUUGGACUUUAUGGUGAAAACCAUUAAACAUAAUGAUGACCUUCCAAAAGAAGAGAUGUCAGAAUCAAAUGCUGCGUCUCAAUAG